GAUGGAAAAGUCAAAACGACGUCCAGAAGCAGUGUUAUUCUGGCCCAAGAUGAAUGGUGAUAUAGAGCAGACAGUCAGAGCCUGUGGAACAUGCCAGAAAUACAGGUCAAAACAAAGCAAAGUGUGAGGACAGACGCUGGGAGACGAGAAGCAAGGGAGUGUAACAUUUAAUAAUAAAACAGACAGGAACAAACCACCGACAGCGUCUGGACAACGGAAACACCUCAACAUUACUGGUGACACGGGGAUCAACCUGAGGAACAGACAGAUAUAGGAGAGGUAAUUAAACAGUGAUGAAGAGGGACACCCAACUGGGUGAGCCUGACGGGCUGGCCGAGAUGCGGGAUCCUGUCAAGCCGGCUGAGGCCAGGGAGCAUGAUGAGCCAGCUGAGGCCAGGGAGCAUGAUGAGCCAGCUGAGGCCAGGGAGCAUGAUGAGCCAGCUGAGGCCAGGGAGCAUGAUGAGCCGGCUGAGGCCAGGGAGCAUGAUGAGCCGGCUGAGGCCAGGGAGCAUGAUGAGCCGGCUGAGGGAGCAUGA